AUGUCGAAUGCUGCGCUAAUGCAGCAACCGAAUCUUCCUCUUUUGAAUUCGUCAAGGACUGAAUUACCCUCAGGUAUGCUCGUGAAUGAGAACACCAGCCCGUGCGCGGAGGGUAUCGAUCCCUGUAAACCAUCCACCCCUUCGCAGUUAUGGAUGGAUGACGCGAAAAGGUUAGCCUCCGCAGGGCGCGCGAGUUUGGUCCUAAUCAAUCCAUCCACAUGGAGAAAAAGAAAACUCGAGGUGGCGUUUCCGUCGGGGGGGUCCUACGGAGAAGUGGGCGGCAACAACCCCGCGCGUGAUUCGCUGCGUUCGGACGAGGCUCAUAGUCGACACUCGUUUGAAAUCGACCCCAUUAGUCAUCCCUUUUCAUCUUUUACGCAGAACCCAAAAAAAUGUGAAGUAGGCGCGUCUUCCACUUCACGGAAAGGAUCCGACAAGGAACCUCGAUGCCCGAUCGACCGCGACGACGGCCAUCCGUUUUCAGAUAACGAGCCCAAAAGGAUUGAGAGGCGACCACGGCAAACUCGGUUUCAUUCCAAUCCGAGGAUAUCCGCUACGCUUCACAGCCUCACUCCUCUUUCGAUGCCGUCAUGUGGGGAGGAGGUGAUCUCUCCAAAUCCUACGCCUGCCUUUCAGACGGAUCGCCUUGCCGAUGCCUAUCAUCCCCCCAGUGUGAUCGAGGAUCCAAAUGCGAUGAUAGUGCGUCGGCUAUUCGCCAAAAUCUCCACAGAGGGCAAAUCGUGGAGGGCAUUGCAAGAAAUCAAUGCAUCCUUGAACGCGGCGAAUAGAAUUACCGCAGACGGCGAUUCUGCACAAAUGCACCCACCCCCCGCUUCAUUCUCUUCCAGCGAGGGUAACGAAACCCAUGCGGAGACGUCUCUUACGCUCCCCCCUAUCGCAGCCAAAGUAAAUAAACUUCAGGUGUUGUUUCACGGCGCGGAUGAGAGGUUGAACAGUAAGGUUGAAUUCGCCAUGGACAAGCAUAAGACGAUCCGCUUCCCGAAUAGGGAUAAUCGCUCAUUGCCUUUCCUAAGGCAUUGCAAUUACGAUAGCAAGAGUAGCCUAGGGAGCUCUCAAUUGAGUAGAUUCAACCUACCAACCCCGACGUUCCCUUUGGUAAUACCGCCGAGACCUUCUCCGCUCACGGUAUCGCGGCGGCUGGCAGCCCUCGAGGAAACCUCCACCCAGCAAGCUACGAGGGAGAAAGAAAGAAUUUUCGCCAAAUCAUGCGAAAUGUUACAUCUUCUGAAGCUUCUGGACGCGCUCCUUCAGGAGGAACGGAACCAACGCAUCGAGUUGCUCGGCAAUUUCAUCUCUUGUCGACAUCCUCUACCCUGCGCCUGCACAACCGGGUGGCUUUCCGCUUUCGCACCCUCCUCGGUGGCAUCUGAUACGGUGGAGAUUCCUUCCCUUUGUUUUUUUGUCGCCACGGUGCUGGAGGAGCACGUUUUGCUCCAGGAACUGCUUCUGGAAAAGCGGCAAAGCGAGCUGGUUCGCCUGCAAAAGGUAUUUGAAAUGGGAUUCUUUGCCUACUCCAUUUAUCAGGAGACUCGGGAUAACGAGCGGUGGUGUUGGGAGCAUCUUAUGGCAUUUCAUCAUUUUUGCAUGCGUGUUGCCUCCUUACAAGCCAACACCUCGGAGGAGUCUGGAAAUUCGAUCACAGCGAAUGCACGGACUGCUGACAAUGGCUACGAUGCUUCAUCUCCUUUUCCGGUUCAUCGUCGUGAUUCCCCUUUCUGCUCUUACCUCCAAUUUAUCGAAUGUACGAUCUUCUUUGGGGGCAUGGAACGGCAUGAGGAGAACGCGCGAAGGGAGAUUGAAUCCGAGGAAGCUCAAAUGGCGAUUCAACUUCUCGAGGGUAUCUCACUUGGGUUGCGGAAGGCUAUGGUCGAGGAUGUCUCCAACACGGCGUUCGCUCUCCUGCUGGAGGAGGAGGCGUCGGCGUUCUCCUGCUUCCUUGAGAACGCCUUGGAGGAAAGGGGGCAGAUCGAAGCCGAGGUACGCGCACGGCGGGAUAAGGAAGCCGUGCUCGAGCACAUCACUGAAGAGCUGAAGCGAUUGCCCGGGGUUGCGGAGGCGGAAAAGGUAGCAUUCGUGGUUUGUUAUGAAAAGGAGCUUCGCGCGAUUCAUGUGGAGGAGGUGCGCGAGCGCCAUGAGUUGGAGUUGUGUGAGCACCGGCGCUUGUCUAUUAGGGAGAGCAUCGCGCUCGCAAAUCAGUGGCUGAUGGAGGGCAUUAUCGCUGAGCAGGAGAAUUCUGAGGAAUACCAGAGGAAUCUUCUGAUAACCGCUGAAUUACGCCAACGCAAUGUGAUUGUUGCUAUGAAAGACGAAAUGUGUCGCUUGGCUCAGAUACGAAACAUGUACUUGCGGCAAGAAGAGGUGGAAAUGUCUAUUUUGAUCCUAUUAGCGCGGGAAUACGUAGAGCGGCAACAAAUCAUCCAGAAAUUUUGGAGCGAAUACCAAACCCUCUUUGUGGAACGCUUCGUGCCGGUUUGCGCACCGCAGUUUGCUACAACGAAGAUGGAUGAUGCAGUGAAGGCUUCAAAUAGUCCCCACAAAUGCGGAGAUGUGAUGAAACCAGAAAAUCCAACAUGUGAUGAUGAGGAGGAAGCAGGUGCUGAGCCUGCCUCCAGUGCAAAUAUAGCGCCCACCAAUAUUUUUGAUACUGCUGCUAGCAUGGAUCUCCGCCGCAUCAUAGUAUCUGAUCUCUAUGAAUACUUGGGAACUCAUCAAAUCUACCAAAUUUUCUCGACUUGA